GCCCUACAACAGAGAUAAUCUACUUCUCUCUCAGCCUAUCAGCGCGGUGGAGGCGGGCCGUUAGAGGCCGCUGUCUCUUUAAACAUACGAACUUCCGUUGUGGCCUGAGAACCAGGAAGCAGCGGCCGCCGGAGAAAACACCGCUGAAUAAGCCCGCAGGUGGAUACCGGCUUUCUGUCAUUGCCCUCGGUGGUGAUGGGUCGUGUGGCAGACAAGGAGCGGCUGUAAAACAUCUUUAACGUUAGCUGGUGAUGAUGAAGGCAGGUUGUCCGACAUUACUGUAACUAACGUGUCAGUUGUCUGUCCCGUUAAAGAGUCAAUGACAAGAGUUAAUGACGCUGGAGCCCAUCGUCAGCAGCAGGUUUAGCUCUCUUCUGCAGUUACUAGAUAGACAUCAUGCUUUUAUCUCAUUUGGAGCUGUGGAUAACAUAUUGGGAGUGUGUCUCCAGACCUUACACGGUGUUCAUCUGCUCCCUCACGGCCGCACUGUACUAUCUGUGGGGCCGCAAGUGUCAGACACCUGCCCUGGUUUCUAGCAAGACUUUCAGCGCAUUUCUCCACAAGCACUGUCCCAUUGUGACCGAGCGCUUCAGUCCCACCCCGUGGUGCUGGGGUGGCCGGCUUCAAACCCUGGUCUGUGCCCUCCUCAAGUCCAGACCCCCCGUCGCUUAUCGCAAUGAGCUGAUCCGAACAGUUGAUGGUGGUCAGAUCUCCCUGGACUGGGUGGACAAUCGGGACAGUGCAAGCUACCCAGAAUCCUCUACCCGCCCCACAGUACUGAUCCUCCCAGGCCUGACAGGCAACAGCAAGCAGUCUUAUGUGCUCCAUGCUAUCGGCCAGGCCUCCCGCCGCGGCUACAGAUGUGUGGUCUUCAACAACAGAGGGCUCGGAGGGGAGGAGUUGUUGACGCCUGUCACCUACUGUGCAGCCAACACCUCAGAUCUUGAGCGUGUGGUGCAGCAUGUCAAAGGACUUUACCCACAGGCCCCUGUGCUUGGUCUUGGUGUGUCUUUGGGAGGCAUGGUAUUAUUAAACUACCUGGCCCAUAAGCGUACAGAGACAGGGAUGGUGGCUGGUUUCACCAUCUCUGUCCCCUGGAACGCACUGAAGUCUGCCGCCUCGAUGGAAGAACCGCUCAACUGGCUGCUUUUCAACAAAUACCUCACCAUCGGCCUCUGUCGUGCUGUCACCAGGCACAGGAAGGUUCUGGAGAAAGUAGUGGACAUUGACCAUGUCUUGAAGGCGCAGACUAUCCGUGAGUUUGACGAACGCUUCACCUCUUUGCUGUUUGGUUAUAAAUCUUGCACGGACUAUUACCACGAUGCCAGCCCAGACAGUAAACUCCCCAACACUGCGGUUCCCAUCUUGUGUCUCAACGCUGCCGAUGACCCCUUCUCUCCCCAACACGCCUUCCCGUUGACCACAGUCCAGAGCCUGCCUAAUGUGGCUCUGAUGUUGACGGCCCACGGUGGACACAUCGCCUUCCUGCAGGGUUUGUUCCCCCGGGGUGAGAGCUACAUGGAGCGCCUGUUUGGUCAGUUUGUCCAAGCUGCCUUUGAACACCCCAAGGACAUCAAAAAAGCCUGUGGCAUUAAGGAGGAUUAAUUCCUCCGAACAUCACUGAAUACUAUUUAAUACAAAUACUGAGUGCUAGCUCAGAAGAAUAUGAAGUAACCGACGUCACAGCAGUAGAACAGCAAUUCACAAAAAUGCAUUGCUCAGCUUUGCAUGGCGUUAUCCGCAGAAAUGUUGGGUCUCCUCCAUGUUCGCACAGAGAACGACCAACUGUAUUGUACAAUCGUGACCUCAC